AUGAAGGUCCUCAGCACCGUGGUCGCGCUGGCCUUGGCAAGCCUUCCGGCUGCCUCUGCUUCCAGUUGGCAUGCACCUAAAUCUGUUGCCUCCCGCGGCACGAGCCAUGGCGCGAGCAAGAUGUUCAAGCGCGAGACCAACGGCAUUACCUACAGUGUUUACGAGCAUGCCGCAACGAAUGCCACCUUGGAAAUUGUCGAAGACAGCGGCAUCUGCGAGACCACGCCCGGAGUCAAGACCUACUCUGGUUACCUUUCAGUCGGGACGAACAUGUCCAUGUGGUUUUGGUUCUUCGAGGCUCGCAGCAAUGCGUCGACCGCUCCCCUGGCGUUGUGGCUCAACGGUGGUCCAGGAUGCUCGUCUAUGAUUGGACUCUUUCAGGAAAAUGGCCCUUGCCAUUUCGUCAAUGGCAGUGAUGAACCCAGCUUGAAUCCUUAUUCCUGGAAUGAAUACGCCAAUAUGCUCUACGUUGAUCAACCUAUUGGUACUGGGUUCAGCUUUGGCGAUGAUGAGGCUACGUCAACUGUCACAGCAGCACCUUUCGUCUGGAAGUUCAUGCAAGCUUUCUUCGAGGCUUACCCCGUCUAUGAGAGUCGUGAAUUCGGACUGUGGACUGAAAGUUAUGGCGGUCAUUAUGGUCCUGAGUUUGCCGAGUACUUCCAAACCCAAAACGCAGCUAUAUCGAAUGGCUCGGUCGCCGGCGAGACGAUUAAUCUUGUUGCACUAGGCAUUAACAAUGGUUGGAUCGACCCGAUUAUCCAGGAACAAGCUUACAUUGAUUUCGGCCAUAACAACACCUGGCGUCAACUGAUCAACGACACGCAGUACAGCCAGCUUCAACAGGCUUACGAAACACAAUGCCUACCUCUCCUUGAGCAAUGUCCUGGCGAAACAGGCACGGAUUCGGCAUGCUUGAAUGCUGAUAACGCGUGUUAUGAAUACGUGGAGGGAGUUGUUGAAGCUAUGGACUUCGACGUUUACGAUAUUAGGCAGCCAAGCAACGAUCCAUAUCCUCCGGAAACAUACGUUGCAUACCUCCAAAGGCCAGAUAUCAUGAAGGCUAUCGGUGCGCAAGUGACUUAUGGAGAGUGUCCCGAUGACCCGUACUAUCUUAUAGCCAAUACUGGUGACGAUGCACGGUCGUUCCUCGACACUUUGAGCACUGUUGUGCAGUCAGGCAUUUCGACCUUGAUCUGGGCUGGUGAUGCUGAUUGGAUCUGCAACUACCUCGGUAACGAGCGUGCCGUCAAUAAGGUGGAUUAUAGCGACUCAGCAGAGUUCCAAGCAGCUCCUCUGCAGGAAUAUGUGCUAAACGGCACGUCCUACGGACAGUUUAAGGGGGCCGGCAAUUUGAACUACUGGAGAGUAUAUGCUGCGGGUCACGAAGUCGCAUAUUAUCAACCCGAGGCGUCACUGCAGGCCUUUAAGCAGAUUAUGCAGGGCCUGCCUCUUACUUCGCAGUAA